AUGUUUGGUCCACAAACUUCUUUAUUCGCCACGCGUUACAAAUGCUUGAAAUUGACCAAACAAGCAGAUGAUGGCUACGUGGCAUACGGCGGAAAUGUAAAUUUGGAGUGCGAAAGAUUUAAGCUCGAGGAGCUCACAAAUGAUCAGUUUAAAUGCUUGAAUCAACCUGGACAUACUAGCUUCGGUGAGGUGAAGGAGAGCCGGAGUCGAGUUCCAAGAAGAUAUCUAAAAGAGGAGAAUAUCUUCGAAGUGGUCAGCUUACUCCAAAAUAUCCAUGCUGGUUAUGGGGACAAGUGCAUUUUGUCCGAGACUGCCAUUUCCGAAGACACAGAUGCCAAGACUGUUCAAGUGGAUGAAGGUUCGAGAGAACUGUUGACUAUAAAUACCCAUAGAGGGGAACAUUAUCGGACGGCGGAGGUAGACGCCGUUAUUUCCGAGCACAAACAAAAUAGUGCAGCUAAAAUGAUAGCAGAAUUUUACCCAGAAAUCCUCGAAGCAAAAUUGGGAAACUGCACAAGAGCUAAAGCAAUGCUGCUUCCUAAAUCUGGUGCCAAGCCGGUUUUCCGUCCAAAGAGACCUGUACCGUAUGCGGCGCAAGCAACAGUUAAUCAAGAACUGGAUCGUCUUGAACAGCAAGGGGUGAUAUCGAAAGUUGAAUAUUCGGCUUGGGCAGUGCCGAUAAUAGUAGUGAAAAAGGCUAACGGCAAAGUACGUAUAUGUGCCGACUUUUCAACAGGUUUAAAUGAAGCACUGAAGUUGCAUCAGUACCCGUUUCCGCUUCCAGAGGAAAUAUUCGCAGCCUUAACCGGAGGCCGGUACUCCUGGCAAUUAGAUUUUGCGGAUGCAUAA